GAGGACCGAACGCCGCGCCGAACGCACGUCUCGCGACUCCCUCGCGCCUCACGAUCGCGGAAAAACUUUUCAGUGCAGUGUCGAACACGGUGGUGCUCCCAGUUUGAGUGAACAGACUGAUCCGGGAAGCUAAUUAGCCGAGCGGCUGAUUGUCGGGGCCGGCGGUUCAUGAAGCAGUGCGAGAGGCGGACGCCGCAGCAGCUCGGCGGCAGUCCGGGGCUCGACUCGCAGAUGCUCGCGAUGGAUGUCACCAAGGAGGCCCGGGCUUCGCCCCUGCCGGCCGCCGCCCCGUCCGGGGCUGCGCCAGCACAGCAGCCGCAGCCACAGAUAUGCGCGGGGUGCAGCAAGGUGAUCACGGAGCGGUACCUGUUGAAGGCACUGGACCAGCUCUGGCACGAGGACUGCCUCAAGUGCGGCUGCUGCGACUGCCGGCUGGGCGAGGUCGGCCACACCCUCUACACACGCGCCAACCUCAUACUCUGCAAGCGGGACUAUUUAAGGUUGUUCGGCAACACGGGGUACUGCGCGGCGUGCAACAAGGUGAUCCCCGCCUUCGAGAUGGUGAUGCGCGCACGCAGCAACGUCUACCAUCUGGAGUGCUUCGCCUGCCAACAAUGUAACCACAGAUUCUGCGUGGGCGACCGCUUCUACCUGUGCGAGAACAAGAUCCUGUGCGAGUACGACUACGAGGAGCGGCUGGUGUUCGCGAACAUGGCGUACAACCCCCCGCCGCUCGCGCACCUCAAGCGCCAGACCACGCAUCUACCGCCGCCGCCGACCAGUAACGCGAUGGGCCUGAUGAACGGAUCGGGGCGCGCCGGGGACCUCAACAACAACAUGUCAGGGUCGUCGCCGGCGCCCUUCGCGGCGCCCCCGCACCUCAAGCCCCUCAGCCUGUCCGCCACGAGCUGAGAGUUCCGCCCCUGAGACGCGGCUCACCCCUACGCAAAGUUCCAGAUGUGAGGGCAUAGCGAUCGUCGAAAGCGUUUUCGAUUGUUCUGGAAAAUCUCUUAUGUAUCUCUACGUGUAAAAAAGUUAGGUAGACAUUUUGAAUAUUAAGUCAGGGACGGUGGGGCAGGAUGGGUUACUUAGCUUUUGGGGGACCAAUGAACAUAAUGCUUAUCGACAAGAUGACAAGCGAAGUUAUUCUCUAAACGUCAAGUAAUCUACCUUACCUGCUCCGUCUCAUAUAUCUCAUGAUCUCAUAAGUACGGCGUAAAGGACUCGUUCGAAAGAGGCUCGACUAGUUAAUGUAAUUAUUGAUGUAAUUUGUAAAUAAUAUUAUAAUGGAAGUAAACGUGUAAGAUUUUUGUUAAUUUAUCUACGUCAUGUUGGUAUCCACACGACCGGCUGUUAUAUUUUGUGGCCGGCCCAGGUCCCGAAGCCCGCCACUCGUUGUUUAGUUUUGUACCUCGCGAGGUAUGCAAUUGUUAAGUUUUCCAUGAUCAUUGUUGUAAUGUUUGUAUUAUUUAUGUAAAUAACUUAAAUGUAAGUAGCCUAUUGUAUCCAAAAAUAUCCUAAAUGUAAUAUGUAAUAGAAAAUCGUGUCUAUAAAAUGAUGAAAUAUACUUGAUAUUAGAUACUAGUGAUAUAAUUAAAAUGAAUCUUCGUAUGUUUAAUGACUGUAUGGCGGCAUAGUAGACCGUUACAUUCCCUGUAUAGCUAUAUGUUUGGACGAUGAUAGCACCUAGUGUGUCCGGUUCUCUUCAUACCAAUGAUAUGACCAAAGAAGUAGCAGAAUAAACCAUUGUUCAAAUUAA